AUGCUCACCUCCCGCGGCGUCGUCCGUCUCUCUAGGAGAGCGGUUAAAAAACCUACUAACGCGUUUUUCUCAACCGCUGCUGUCCUUCCACGAGCAACUCUUCCUUCCCAGUCCAAAUCCCAGCAGCGCGUGGGCUCUCGACCGGACACGUCUGUUACUCCUUCUUCCCGCUCAUAUGCAACCGAGUCCAAGUCGGUUGUUGGCAGCGUCAAGACCGUCAUUGGUGCCGUCGUCGACGUUCAAUUCGAGACUGAUGACCUGCCUCCCAUUUUGAACGCUCUCGAGGUCCAAGACUUCACUGGUGGUCGUCUCGUGCUUGAGGUUGCUUCCCAUCUCGGUGAAAACACGGUCCGCACCAUUGCCAUGGACGGUACUGAAGGUCUUGUCCGUGGCCAAAAGGUCGUUGACACCGGCGCGCCUAUCCGUAUUCCCGUUGGCACUGCUACCCUCGGUCGUAUCAUGAACGUUAUUGGCGAGCCCAUUGACGAGCGUGGCCCCAUCAAGGGUGUCAAGACCAACCCCAUUCACGCUGACCCCCCGCCAUUCGUUGAGCAGGCGACAACUGCUGAGGUCCUCGAAACCGGUAUUAAAGUCGUCGACCUUCUUGCUCCCUACGCCCGUGGAGGCAAAAUUGGUCUUUUCGGUGGUGCUGGUGUCGGCAAGACUGUCUUGAUUCAGGAACUCAUCUACAACGUCGCCAAAGCUCAUGGUGGUGUCUCCAUCUUCUGCGGUGUCGGUGAGCGUACUCGUGAGGGCAACGAUCUUUACCACGAAAUGAUCGAAACGGGUGUCAUCAACCUCGAUGGCGACUCCAAGGUCGCUCUCGUCUUCGGUCAAAUGAACGAGCCCCCGGGUGCCCGUGCCCGUGUUGCUCUGACAGGUCUUACCAUUGCCGAGUACUUCCGUGACGAAGAAGGCCAGGAUGUGUUGCUCUUCAUCGACAACAUUUUCCGUUUCACCCAGGCCGGUUCCGAGGUGUCUGCUCUGCUUGGUCGUAUCCCCUCUGCUGUCGGUUAUCAACCCACUCUCUCAACGGACAUGGGUGGCAUGCAAGAGCGUAUCACCACCACCAAGAAGGGUUCGAUCACAUCUGUGCAGGCCGUCUACGUGCCCGCUGAUGAUUUGACUGACCCUGCCCCCGCCACCACCUUUGCUCACUUGGACUCGACCACUGUGCUGUCUCGUGGUAUUGCCGAGCUUGGUAUCUACCCCGCUGUCGACCCUCUCGACUCCAAGUCUCGCAUGCUUGACCCCCGUAUCGUCGGUGAAGACCACUACAACACCGCCACUGCCGUCCAGAAGAUCCUCCAAGACUACAAGUCGCUCCAGGAUAUCAUUGCUAUCCUGGGUAUGGACGAAUUGUCUGAGGAGGACAAGCUCACUGUCGAACGUGCCCGCAAGAUCCAGCGUUUCAUGUCGCAACCUUUCCAGGUCGCUCAAGUCUUCACUGGUUUCGAGGGCAAGCUUGUACCGCUGAAGGAGAGCAUCCGCUCCUUCAAGGAGAUUCUCUCUGGUCAACACGACAACCUCCCCGAGUCGGCCUUCUACAUGGUCGGCACGAUUGAGGAUGUCAAGGCCAAGGCUGAGCAAAUUGCGAAGGACAUGGCGGCUUAG